AAAGCCAAAAUUGAGGCUUCUGUGGCAGAGGCAUUCAUUAUGGAGGAGGUGUCGACAUUCACACAGGCGUACUAUACCGAAAAACUUCAAAGACCGCAAGAUCCAACCCCUCGUUACAACGUCGAGGAGAACUCAUCGAACCUCAGCCUUUUCAAAGGGGAUGUCGGAAGAGGAAGCACAGCUACCAACAAGAACUUGACCCAUGAGGAGUGGACCACUAUCAUGAUGUACUUGUUGUUGAACCUUGAUGAGUGCCUGGUUUAUCAGAAGGAAUUCAUUAAUAUUUACUGGAGGGGCAAUACUGCUCCUACCUCGCAACAAGAGGACCGUCUUCUUAGACAUAGCAAGCCCAACUUCGUUUCCUGGUUCUGUUCAAAGGCCCAGACCGAUCCGCAAAUGAGUGCUGAAUUGAGAGAGGUGGGCCUUGGCUUCAACCGUAAGGUCAAGUCAUACACCGUUUAUGAUGUCAAUGGCUAUCGCUUUCGCACUAGAGGCCACGAGGAGAGCCGGCCCCAACAAAAAACCACGUGCAGCGGAGUUCGUACUCCCGGCAAUGAUGAAUUGGACUAUUACGGCAUAGUCAAAGAGAUAUACGAGCUCGAAUUCAAGGGUGGCAGUUCUUUGAAGCCAGUGGCACUCGGCGGAAUGCCAGGCGGCAGGAAGAGGCUGCCUCCACGGAACUGCCGCUCGCGCUUCGCCGGUCGCGGCGUGCAGGAGCCGGACGUGGACGAGGAGACCGGUAGGGAGGAGGUGCCGGUCAGUACGGAGGAGACGGCCGGUACGGGGGAGACGGCCCGCUCCGGGCGUCUCCGGCAGAGGAGGCUGGACUUCACGAGGACGAGGACGACGACGAUGACAACGACGACGACAGGGGACGGUGGCAGGGGCGGGGGCGACGGCGGCGACGUCGACGACGACGACGAGGGGGGCCACUGCGACGGGGGCGACGGGGGGCCUUCCUCAGGUUCGAGGAAGCUCUUCGAGCGCGGGCCCUCGACGCUCCCUAGCCGAAAGCCGCUCCCCCACCACCGCAAGGUGAUUUCACCCGUCGGCGACAGGAGCUGGAUGUUUCCGAGGGAGGUGGACCCCUGUGCUAAACGGGACUCACGCCAUGUCAAUGGCAUCCUCUCCCUGCUGAUUAGGGAGUACUACCCGGGCAUGGUCACCAUCGACGGCGUUCGACAGCCGCCCAUGCAGUGGGACCACUUCCACGUGCACACCGUCCCCGUCCCUGAGCCCGAAGGCGGCGAUCGUGCUGAUUCACCUGCACGCAAGACACUUGCGGCGAAGAUCAAGAGGGAGUUUUGGGUGCGAGGAUGGGAAACAGGCUAG